AUGAAUCAGAUAAGGGCAAUUCAGAAAAUCAACGAGGCCGAAUUGAAUAAUGGCAUUUUGUCAUCCCAUUUAUCCUGGCACGAUGAGUACAAGCGUCAGGCAUACAUAUUUAUUGGAGGACUGAAUACAGAGCUGAUAGAAGGCGAUAUCUUGACAGUGUUUGCGCAAUAUGGGGUACCGGUUGAUGUUUGUUUAGUCAGAGACCGAGAGACUGGUGACUCAAAAGGGUUUGCUUAUCUUAAGUACGAGGACCAGCGGUCUACGGUACUAGCCAUCGAUAAUUUGAACGGCAUAAAACUUGCAGGAAGAGUUAUCAAGGUUGACCAUGCAUGGUAUACCCCAAGAGACGAUCUGUCGCAAUAUCGAGAAGCUGUUAAAAAAGAGCUGGAUAAGGACAAGGUGAUUGUGCCAGAGGAUCGCCAUGUAAAGGCUACACAAGAGAUGACGAACGAACUUGAGGACCCGAUGCAGAACGUGUGA